AUGUCCAUGCCCAGAACAAUGGUCUCGCAGUUGGUGAAGCACGAGCGCAUUGAAACUACUGUCUCCAAGGCCAAAGAGAUCAGAAGACUUGCGGAAAAUAUGGUACAGCUAGGAAAGGAGGUAGGUACGGAUCCCAAUGUGCUGCAAGACGCGCUGCUAGUUUUGUGCGAGGAGAUGAUGUCCCAAGCUGUUUACAGAACUGGCUUAUAG